AUGUCGGUGCAGGAGUACCUCGACAAACACAUGCUCUCUCGGAAAAUCGAAGACGCCGUCAAUGCCGCCGUUAGGGCCAAGACUCCUGAUCCUGUUCUCUUCAUCUCUAAUCAUAUGAGGAAAGCCGUUUCUUCGGUGAUAACCAAGCUAAAAGCGAGGCAAAUCCUCGAUAGUAGAGGAAUUCCUACUGUUGAGGUCGACCUUUACACCAAUAAAGGCAUGUUCCGUGCUUCUGCUCCCAGCGGUGCUUCCUCUGGAAUGUAA